AUGUCAGACAACUCAUCUCGAUCAACCACCAGACUCGGAAUUGAGUCGCUUCCGAACGAAUUAUUCUCUCUAAUCAUCGAAUCGUUUGUUGCGGGCUCCAGGAUCAUUGCCGUGCGGGAUUUCCCGCAUACAUCCAAGCCUGUCCUUCACCCAAUCUCAACCAGGGAACUUCUCAGUCUGCGCCUAGUUUGCAAGAAUUGGUCAACAGCAAUCACACCUUUUGCUUUCCAUACAAUUAGCUUGAAGAAACCAAGUAGCUUGAAAUCUUUACUUCAGAAUUGUGGAAAUUUAAUUGAUGAUCCAAACUAUACAUGCCCAGUCAAAAGACUUCGAAUCGACCACCUAUGGUACUCAAAAUUAUAUGAUGCUAACAACUGGAGUGAAGAACUAGAAUUGUUCGAUGACGGAAAUGAUUUUGAAGAGGAUUCUGAAGAGGAGCUCUGGAAAGCUGAAGUUAGGGACCCACACUUCUCUCCGAUUUUCAUGGAUCAAGCCGCAAAAGUGAUUGAGUUCUUCGGUCACAACCUGUUAGAGUUACACUUGAGUUUUUGCUGCUCAGUGGGAUUUCUACCAUGCAUGCUGAAGUCUGUCGAACACAUCAAUUGUCUAGAAAAAUUGACUCUGGAGAUAGGACACCAAACUUACGAUUCACUUGAUAUUGAUAACGACCCUGAAUCAUUAUCGAAAUUACUUAACGCCACUCUAAACCUGAAAUCCUUGGUACUUUACUAUGAUGAUUUGACAUUAUGGGAAUUGAAGCCACGGGCUUUAUCAAAGCUACAACACUUGUGGUUUAAGAGUUCCAAUCGCAACGUUAUUGGAAUUUCUUAUCUCUUCGGAUUAGAGAGCCUGAAAGUAGUGCAAUUUGAUUACGUCAUAGGUCCCCCCCAAUUGCAGCUCGCAAUGGCAAUUACAUCUAUUCAGAACACCCUUGAAGGUCUUUUUACAACACAUAUCCCAUAUUGCAUUCCGACUUCGAUCAUCGGAUUGUCAUUUCCACAACUUCGUGUGAUACGUGCUCUUUCUUGGAAAGACCCAUCUUCGUAUCCUUAUUGGCUUCAAUGGCCUAUCUUUCAAGCCAUUCGAACUGUGGUCGCCAGCAUCACCCAUGGAGGAGAGUAUUGGAAGACAGUUUUGAAAUGUACUGGUAAAGGGUGUCUUCAAAAACCAAACAACUUAAAACAUUUCAUCUUUACUACUCAUCGGUAUGGGGGAUCUCAAGAGGAAGAAUCCUUGGCCGAUGCUUUCAAGCUCCAUGAUAUUGAGUGUCAUUUUGUGCCUGAAUUGGAUUUUGGUGGAUUCUUGGUACGUAUGAUGUUGAUCUACAUAUCAAGGGUCCGGUCGAGAUUCAAAAUACCAAUGACCUUUGUUUGA